UGAUAUCCUGGGGCCACCCGAGUUGAAGGGGGGGAAAUCCGGGGGCUGCCGCAACCGCCACCGGUCUGGGCCCAACCGGGGCUCCCCCCCCCCUUGCCCUGUAGUCGCCGCAGUUCCCGGGGAGAGGUGACUGGUGUCCCCCGCUCUGGGAGGGGGCGCCGCGGGCUCGGGGCGCACGGACAACCCCUACCCAUGAGGCCCUGAUGGAAAACACAAAGGAUCUGUCUCAGGGUUUCAAAUGCAUGAGAGAUGAAAACUGGACAGAAGAAAAUGGACUUAAGAUACUUGUCUUCCAACGCUUGUCCUGCACAUCUCUUGAUUUUGUGUAGAAGGGUCUUGCCUUUAUUCCUGUGCUGGCCUAAACCUAAUUUUACUUCUCAGGUAGCUGGGAUAACAGCUUUUCAGGUUCAUACUUAAGGAUUCAUACCUUUCUUCUGAAGAACUGAAAGUCCAUUCAUGUGAACUAUUUUAUUUUAUCAUACAUCCUUCCUGUGUGACAGAGCAUUCUUCACAACCCAGAAGGGAAGGCAGACUCAUCCGGGAUGUUUGACGGCUAUGACAGCUGCAGUGAGGACACAAGUAGCAGCUCUAGUUCUGAGGAGAGUGAAGAAGAAGUUGCUCCUCUCCCUUCCAGUCUCCCAAUUAUCAAAAACAAUGGACAGGUCUACACAUACCCAGAUGGUAAAUCUGGCAUGGCCACCUGUGAGAUGUGUGGGAUGGUUGGUGUGCGAGAUGCUUUUUAUUCUAAAACAAAACGUUUCUGCAGCGUUUCAUGUUCAAGAAGUUAUUCGUCAAACUCCAAGAAGGCAAGCAUUUUGGCCAGACUUCAGGUAACGGGUAAGCCUCCAACAAAGAAAGCAAAAGUUCUUCAGAAACAACCUUUAGUUGCUAAACUAGCUGCUUAUGCUCAGUAUCAAGCUACCUUGCAAAAUCAAGCAAAGACAAAAGCAGCAGUCUCCCUGGAAAGCUUCAGCUGGGGUAACUACAUCAAUAGCAAUAGCUUUAUAGCAGCUCCAGUUACCUGUUUUAAACAUGCACCUAUGGGGACCUGCUGGGGUGAUAUAUCAGAAAAUGUGAGAGUAGAAGUUCCCAAUACAGACUGCAGCCUGCCUACCAAAGUCUUCUGGAUUGCUGGAAUUAUAAAACUAGCAGGUUACAAUGCCCUUUUAAGAUAUGAAGGAUUUGAAAAUGAUUCUGGUCUAGACUUCUGGUGCAAUAUAUGUGGUUCUGAUAUCCAUCCAGUUGGUUGGUGUGCAGCCAGUGGAAAACCUCUUGUUCCUCCUAGAACUAUUCAACAUAAGUAUACAAACUGGAAAGCUUUUCUUGUAAAAAGACUUACUGGUGCCAAAACACUUCCUCCAGAUUUCUCACAAAAGGUCUCAGAGAGUAUGCAGUAUCCUUUCAAACCUUGCAUGAGAGUAGAAGUGGUUGACAAGAGGCAUUUAUGUCGAACGCGGGUAGCAGUGGUGGAGAGUGUAAUUGGAGGUAGACUGAGGCUAGUAUAUGAAGAGAGUGAAGACAGGACGGACGACUUCUGGUGCCAUAUGCACAGCCCCUUAAUCCAUCACAUCGGUUGGUCUCGAAGCAUAGGUCAUCGUUUCAAAAGAUCUGAUAUUACAAAGAAACAGGAUGGACAUUUUGAUACACCACCACAUUUAUUUGCUAAGGUAAAAGAAGUAGACCAGAGUGGAGAAUGGUUCAAGGAAGGAAUGAAAUUAGAAGCUAUAGACCCAUUAAAUCUUUCUACAAUAUGUGUCGCAACCAUUAGAAAGGUGCUGGCUGAUGGAUUCCUGAUGAUCGGGAUCGAUGGCUCAGAAGCAGCAGAUGGAUCUGACUGGUUCUGUUACCAUGCAACCUCUCCUUCUAUUUUCCCUGUUGGUUUCUGUGAAAUUAAUAUGAUUGAACUUACUCCACCAAGAGGUUACACAAAACUUCCUUUUAAAUGGUUUGACUACCUCAGGGAGACUGGCUCCAUUGCAGCACCAGUAAAACUAUUUAAUAAGGAUGUUCCAAAUCACGGAUUUCGUGUAGGCAUGAAGUUAGAAGCUGUGGAUCUCAUGGAGCCACGUUUAAUAUGUGUAGCCACAGUUACUCGAAUUAUUCAUCGUCUCUUGAGAAUACAUUUUGAUGGAUGGGAAGAAGAGUAUGACCAGUGGGUAGACUGUGAGUCCCCUGACCUCUAUCCUGUAGGGUGGUGUCAGUUAACUGGAUAUCAGCUACAGCCUCCAGCAUCACAGUCAUCAAGAGAAAGCCAAUCAGCUUCAUCAAAACAGAAGAAAAAAGCUAAGUCCCAGCAAUACAAAGGACAUAAGAAAAUGACUACGCUGCAACUGAAGGAGGAGUUGCUAGAUGGAGAGGACUAUAACUUCCUCCAAGGAGCAUCUGAUCAGGAAAGCAAUGGCUCUGCCAACUUCUACAUCAAACAAGAGCCAUGAAUGAGAUGGCUCAGAAACUUGAGGGUGGGAGGGGGAAAAUUUUACACAGGACUGAUUUAUAAUCAAUCUAGCUGUACAGCGGGCUAUUCUACUGGGACAUUUUGCUAAACACAGAAAAUUUCAGUUCCAGAUUUUUCAGGUGGGUGGGGAAACUAUUUUAGUGGGGGGGGGGGGGAAUUUUUCAAUUUAUAAAGAUGGACAAUUUUUGUGUUGUAUUUGAAGCUUUUGAAAGAAUUUUGUAAUAUUUUCCAAGUUUGGAUUUAUGUGCAUUGUUAACAAGAACUGAAAUUCUAACUUUUUUGGUAAGAUUAAAGUUUAGGUAGCAGGAUUGAAGGAAAUGAUUUUCGAAGGAGAUAGUUGUAAAUGCAAAUGAACUGUCAUUACAAAUGAACCUUCUUGGUACCUGUUGGGAGAUUUUUGGAUUUCAGAAGUUAGGCCAGUCACAUCUCCAGCUUCCUUCGCUGCAGAAAUAUGCAUCUGAACCCUCACAGAGGCUCCUCCCCGUGUUCAUACAGAAGGGGCCAUUUACUCUGCUCAUUAGCAUUUUAUUGCAGCCCACUUUAAAUGUACAGAAGUUUUUCAUUCUGCAAAAAUGUAUUUGGAGUUCUACAUGAAACUGGAAGAACUCUGUAUACUUUCAAUGUUCUCUUUUAAGUAGGAAAGGAGUAAAAUUAUCCUAACACUAAAAUCUUAAACUGGAAUGGUUGACAAGAUAUACAGGAUCAGUCUACAUGUUGAAGGGUUGGGAAAAUGCAAUAUUGUCCUGAGUUUCCUUUGUUUUCCUUGCUAACAAACCCCACAGGAGGGAUUCUGAUGGGUACUGUGCCCAUUUCCCUCUGUCUGGAGAUAGCAGCUUGGUGCAGCCACACCCCAAAAAAAAUGUCUGCAUUAUCAGGAGAAUCACGUUCUAAAGUGAUCAAAGCCAAUAGAUGUAGAUUUCAGAAUCAUUCCAGCUCCACUUUUAACUAUCUUGGAUUUGUUAGAAAACCAAUUUGAAAGAGAAUUUCAUUUUCUUAAAAUUCCAUAUAUAUAGUUUGAAUCGUCUUUGUCAUAAUUUCUUUUAACAAUAUAACUGAUUUGGACCAUUUUGAACAUUCCCUAUUUUAAAAUUCACUUGGCAUCCUUUAAAAGUAGGAUAAAAGGGUAAAUUGAUGAAAGGUUUGCUCUCUGCAUUUUCUAACCUACCGAGUUGUGACUGAAUGAGAGAGCACUAGCGUUUACCAGUAAGGUUCAUAAACUAUAAACUCUCAGGAAUUCAUUGCAUCUGUUUUAGAAGUGCUCGGGGUCUUAGCCUGGCCUCUUCAGAGUGGUAAUGCUGACCAUCUCCUCUGGAAAACAGGCAGGGCUAAUUAGAAAUUAAUCAAAAUGAUUAACCUCUACAGUCCUUCAGCCUAUGGAAUGCUUUAAAAAAAAAAAAAAAUGUUAGUGGAAAGCCCCAGGAGACCAUUUUAGGUAAGAUUUUUGAGUUUUAAAAUGCAUAGAAACAUUAAAAAAAAAAAAAAACCAGCAAUUUAAUUUUCUAAAAUAUUGCUCUACUUUUGGGAAUAAUAGCAUUGGUAAUACGCACAGGUUUACCUCAUUCUAUGCAAGAGGGGUUAAUAACAUACAUAAGGUUUUGUAGUCGCUACUGGAAGUAAAUUGUGUUACUUUAUAGUGUAAGAAUGUAUGGAAUCACAUGUCAGCAUUUCUUAAUACUGACUCUGGGGGCAUAAAUGCAGAUCACAUCAACGCAGGUUGAUUCUCAUGUGUCAAAUAUAUGUGAAUUCAGCUAUCAAAUUACUGGAUAUUUAUCUUGAACAGCAUUACUGAGAGGGACGUACUGUAAAUGUGACAUCCUCACACUUCCCAGAUCUUUAACUUUGAAGAAUCUUCCUAUGAGCUUAAAGCCUAGAAGAGGUCCAAGGCAAAGGUGACAGUAGUCUUUAAUCUCAGGCUCAGAUUAGACCCAGGACUCUGGUUCCUUGGUACAGGUCGGGUAUAACUGCCGGUACCUUGGAGGUAGGGACUCUAGGGAACUGCAUAUCCCAGGAUUGGUGUGGUUGGGAGCCCACCAGUCCUACCAACAGUUCUGUGAAAUGCUCGUUUGUAGCCGGGUUUUAUAAACUUCAGUUCUACAGCCAAACCAAGCUCUGAGUGUUCUAGAAUCUCCGGGCCACUUGUUAAGUGUUUCUUAUCUCGAUCCAGUGACCAACAGUUUAAGGCUUGGUAAGGACCUUGUAUAGUCUAAACCCAGCCUGAAGCCCGGAGCCCUCUUCAUUGUUCAGAUUCUCACUCCUGCUGCUUAUGAUGAAUAGGAAAUAAGUUACUGCAGAGGAGAUUUAUGUCGUAGCCAUAACUCCAGUCGUACAACUCAGUAGUCCCAUUCUCUUACGGUUCAAAUGUACUGCUGACCUUGAGUUUGUAUUUUUUAUUUGUUUUUGUUUUCUUUCCUGUUCGGAUUACUUGGGAACUUUGUUAGUUCAAACUCUUAACCUUUUCCUUGCUGUGUAUGAGGAAAGCUAAAGCUGUUAUCAACUUCUUACUCUACGGAUACUAACACGGGUUUUUUCAGUGUUUGUUUGUUUUUAUUAUUAUUAAUUUUGCGUGAUGUGAAUUCCCCCUCCCAUCAAUAUUUGUAUUAUGGUGCUAUAUAUUUGGUAAUGAUCCUUUAAUAUUGGGAAGGGAUUUUAAAAAUACUGUGAUUAAACUGGGUUUCUUCCUUUGAUUUUCAUAUUUUAAAUAAAGCCACAGUCAUUUAUACAAAAGAAAGCAUCUGUCCCUGGGCAAAUCUUUUGAGGACAGAGGUCAAAGUAAACUGCAUUAAGGUUUUUACAUCAUUUCUGUAUGUAUUUGAUAUAUAGAUCAAUAUCUGUACAAAUUUAAUCUUUUAUUUUCUGGUAACAUGAUUACUGAGAAAGUAUUUCAAACUUUCUCACGAAGUGUAUAUAAUGGCGUGAAAAAUUCCUUUGGAGAAAUUUAUGUUUCCUUCAUUUUUACCAAAUUGCAAACUCAGCAUGGAUGUGAAAAGCAUUAAAAUUAUAACUUUGUGUACAAGAUGAAAAUAAUUCACUAAAUUUGCCCUUUUUUACACAAAAUAAAAUGUUAAAGUUA